AUGAUGAACAAAGUGAUAGAAAGUAUGCUUGGGAAGUCAAUAGAGCAAAGAUUUGAAGAAAUUCAAGUUGAAGAGGUUAGGGCUAAGCGCCAAGCUGAACUUGAAGCUCUAAUGAGAGAUAAAGGCAAGAGUGCUGUAGGCAGUGUUGCAGUAGCUGAAAGAUCGAUUGUUCCAUCAUUAGUUGUUGAAAAUCCUGUUCCUAUAUCUUCCGUGUCAGCAAUCUUUGAAGAAAAUGUAUCACUUGAAGAUCUUGCUGGGGAUGACGAUGAUGAAGAUGAUGAGGAGGAUGAUGAUGAAGGGGAUGAUGAUGAAGGAGAGGAUGAUGAUGAAGGAGAGGAUGAUGAUGAAGAAGAGAAAGUAUUUUUUGCGAGUAGUCAUGGUUCUGGUGAUGACAAUGAUGAUGAUGAUAAUCAGGGAGGUGCUGGUAUCACUGUGACCGAAGCUUCCAAAGAUCAAAAUGUUGAUGAUUUAAUGAAAGAUGAUGCUAAUGAAGAAAGGGAGCUGAUGGAGAGGGGGAGCAUGUUGAUGAUCAAAACGCUGAUCAAGCUGAAAAGUUGA